AUGGCAGAAUAUGAAGCAUGUAUCUACGGUUUGGAGGCGGCAAUCGACUUGAGAAUCAAAAUCCUUGAGGUAUUCGGUGAUUCGGCUCUGGUAAUUAGUCAAGUGAAAGGCGACUGGGAGACUCGAGAUAGCAAUUUGAUACCCUACAAAGAGCAUAUCAAAAAAUUGAUCCCUUACUUUGAUGAGAUCUCCUUUCGUAAUAUUUCUAGGGAAGAAAAUCAGUUAGCAGACGCUCUAGCUACGUUGGCAUCUAUGUUCAAAGUUAAAUGGAAGAAUGAGGCACCAUCCAUCCAGAUUGACCACUUAGAUGAACCGGCACAUUGUCUAGCAAUUGAGGCCGAUCCUGACGAUAUGCCUUGGUUCUAUGACAUAAAGACAUUUCUGGAGAAAGGACAGUAUCCUGAGGGUAUAUCCAUUACCGAUAACAAGGCUCUAAGAAGACUCUCUUCUAAGUUCUUCCUAAACGGUGAUGUGUUGUAUAAGGGGAUCUAUGAUUCUGUAUUGCUCAGAUGCGUGGAUAGACACGAAGCUAGUACAAUCAUAAGGUCCAUACACGAAGGUUGCGAGGGUGUACAUGGGAAAGGUCCUGUUAUGGCUAAGAAGAUUCUCCGGGCUGGUUAA